AUGAAUCAAACAAUUCGUUUGGAUAUAAGCCCUAUAUCAGGACCAGUUGCAAAUUGUUUUGUUUUACUUAUAAGCGCUCUUUUCUAUAAUAUUAACCUUAUUGGAAGGAAGGAAAAAUAUCCUGAAGACUCAAGUAAACUACUAUUAAAUAAGAGCUUAGAAGUUUUUGAUUUUAUAAUUGUUGGUGGAGGUGCAGCUGGUUGUGCAUUGACAAAUAAACUUUCAGUAAUUAAAAAAUGGAAUAUUUUACUUUUGGAGGCUGGUGACUACCCAAGUUCAACCACAGAGAUUCCAGGAUUUUAUGGAACCUUACCAUUUUCCGAAGAAGACUGGGUAUUUCAUUUAGAAAAAGAAUCAAAAUCUUGCCUUGGUAAAAAGAAUAAAAAUUGCACAUUAACAAGAGGAAAAGUAUUGGGUGGUACGAGUGCGAUAAAUAAUUUGAUUUACGUGCGAGGUAUACCGGAACAUGUUAAUCAAUGGAAUUUUCCUGAAUGGAAUAGUACCAUAGUCCAAGAAAUAAUGCACUUAAUGGAAGGAGUUAAAAAAGAAAACAUAAGCUCCCCCGAUAUUGGAACAGAAGGAGAAAUAGAAUUAAAAGUUUUCGACUAUAAAGACCAUUUUAAAGAGGUGCUCAUAGGUUCUUAUAAGGAACAUGGAUAUGAUAACUCCGAUAAACGAGAGUAUAUUCGUUUGACAGAAAGUUUGGUCUACUCGAAAAAUGGGGAAAGGUUUAAUAUGGCAGAAGCAUUUCUUUCACCUAUAAAAAAUAAGGCAAAUGUGUAUUUGGCUGUAAACUCUGAAGUACAAAAAAUAAAUUUGGCUAAUAAGGACAAUAGAACUCGGAGCUUGGAUGUUAAAAUAAAGGGAAAAGUUGUUACAAUAAGAGCUAGAAAAGAAAUAAUACUAACGGCUGGAGCUGUAAACAAUGCUAAAAUCUUAUUACUCAGUGGUAUAGGUCCCAGAAAAGACUUGGAAAAAAAUAAAGUUCCUGUAGUUAAUGAUUUACCUGGAGUUGGUAAAAAUUUGCAAUUACAUUUAAAUGUGCCUCUUUUUGUAGCAGUGACAAGGUGUAAUACAACAUCAGAAAAUACUACAGAAUGUAAUCCGGAUGUUUAUAGUAAGGAGUUUUACUUUAGAGAUAUAUUCAACUUUAUUAUGAAUAGGAGGGGAAAUUUGUCUACUAUAGAUAUAAAUGAUGUGGUGGUUUAUAUGUACACCAAAAAACGUGGUGGAAUGUACCCAAAUAUUGGCAUUUAUCACAAUUAUUUCAGAAUCAACGAUACAAAUAUGGAUAAUUUAUUAAGAAAUUUUCAAUUUAAUUCUAAAAUAGAAAAUUCAUUGAGGAAUGUUAAUAAAAACAGAUCUAUUUUAUUGUUUUCAAUAUCUCUUUUAAGACCAUUAAGUUCAGGUGAAGUUAAAUUAAAUGAUAAAAAUAUUUAUGAAAAUCCAAAAAUAACUACAAACUUUUUAACUGCCCACGAAGAUAUGAAUACACUUGUAGAUGGCUUUAAAACUAUAAGAGAAAUGAUAGAAGGUUAUGGAAUGACUUCACAAAAUGCUUCAAUACUUUAUCUGGAUAUACCAAAUUGUAGACGCAUGAACCAUACCAGCGAAAAAUAUAUUAAAUGCUACAUAUCCAACAUGGCAUAUCCCAUAACCGAUACCGCAGGAACCACCAAAAUGGGGUAUCCUUGUGAUAAGAAAAUGGUUGUGGACAAGGUUUUGGAAGUUAGGGGAAUUCGGUGUCUCAGAGUUGGCGAUUCCAGUGUUUUGCCUAAUAUAACAGUAGCCAGUUCAAUUGCUACGGAUAUUAUGUUGGGAUUUAGGUUAACCGAGAUACUAAAAUCCAAGUGGCUCAAAGGUUAUUUGUCUAAUUAUACGAUAGAUACUCAAACAGAAUUUACGCGAUGCGUUAUCCAGAAAGAAGACAUCUGGAUGAGAAAAGCUUCAGGAAACUACUCAAUAGAUUUAUUAAAACAGGAAGUGUACAUUAUAAAAAACAAGAAAGAACAAAACCUGUUAUUAAUGAGGAAAAACGAAUUUUUAGUGCUAUUAACAGCAACUGAGUAUCCCAUCAUUAGCCAAAAAGACAUCGGUGAAGCAACCGGCAUAACCGAGAGAUCACAUCGAUGGUAUUUGAAUGUUUCUGGAGGAAUUGUUGGAGGAUAUGUAGUAGGUCCAUAUUUCUUCGAUGGUCAUCUCAAUGGGCCUAUGUAUUUGAAUUUUUUGGAAAAUGUUUUACCUGGGUUUCAACAAGACGGGGCACCUGCGCAUUUUUCGCGAGAUGUGAGGGCAUAUCUUGAUGGCAUUUUCCCCAACCAGUGGAUUGGUAGAAAUGGACCCUCCAGAUGGCCUGCUAGAUCUCCGGAUCUGACAAUACCUGAUUUUUUCUUGUGGGGAUAA